AUGUCCGCUCAAGUUCCGGGAUUUUUACGCAACUGGACGCCUCUCCCCCUGGGAGCCCCGCGGGAUCCGGCGGCCGCAGGGAAUGACGCGGGCGUCCCCACAGCCCCGGCUCCGGGCGGGGGGGGCGAGCCCCCCAGACAGCCCCGCGACGCCCGCCUGGGCAGCACCGAUAAGGAGCUGAAGGCAGGAGCUGCCGCCAAGGGCAGCGCCCCGACAGCGCCGGGGAGCCCCUGGCAGCGGGAGCCGCGGGUCGAGGUGAUGGAUCCAGAGGGGGACCCCCUGGGCCGACUCCCGCGGCCCUGCCGAGUGCUGGUGCUGCUGAACCCGCGCAGCGGCAAGGGCAAGGCCCUGCAGCUAUUCCGGAGCCACGUGCAGCCCCUCCUGGCCGAGGCCGAGGUCUCCUUCACGCUGAUGCUCACUGAGCGGCAGAACCAUGCGCGGGAGCUGGUGCGGGCCGAGGAGCUGGGCCGCUGGGACGCGCUGGUGGUCAUGUCCGGGGACGGCCUGAUGCACGAGGUGGUGAAUGGGCUCAUGGAGCGGCCUGACUGGGAGACGGCCAUCCGGAAGCCCCUUUGUAGCCUCCCAGCAGGCUCUGGCAACGCGCUGGCAGCUUCCUUGAACCAUUAUGCUGGCUAUGAGCAGGUGACUAAUGAAGAACUCCUGACCAACUGCACGCUGCUGCUGUGCAGGCGGCUACUGUCGCCCAUGAAUCUGCUGUCACUGCACACCGCCUCCGGGCUGCACCUCUUCUCUGUGCUCAGCUUGGCCUGGGGCUUCGUUGCUGAUGUGGACCUGGAGAGUGAGAAGUAUCGUCACCUGGGACAGAUGCGCUUCACUCUGGGCACCUUCCUGCGCCUGGCAGCCCUGCGCACCUACCGAGGCCGGCUGGCCUACCUCCCCGUAGGAAGGGAGGUCUCCAAGACAACCGCCUCCCCAGCUCUGGUCCAGCAGGGCCCUGUGGAUACGCACCUGGUGCCCCUGGAGGAGCCAGUGCCCUCUCACUGGACUGUGGUGCCUGAGCAGGACUUCGUGCUGGUGCUGGUGCUGCUGCAUUCGCACCUGGGCAGCGAGAUGUUUGCAGCGCCCAUGGGCCGCUGUGCUGCUGGGGCCAUGCAUCUGUUCUACCUGCGGGCAGGCGUGUCUCGGGCCUCACUGCUGCGCCUCUUCUUAGCCAUGGAGAAAGGCAGGCAUAUGGACUAUGACUGCCCUUACUUGGUGUAUGUGCCCGUGGUUGCCUUCCGCCUGGAGCCCAGGGAUGGGAGGGGUGUGUUUACAGUGGACGGGGAGUCGAUGGUCAGCGAGGCUGUGCAGGGCCAGGUGCACCCAAACUACUUCUGGAUGGUAGGUGGCUGUGUGGAGCCCCGACCUUCUCUCGAGCUGCAGCCCCCGCCCAGCCAGGAUCCCUAGCAGACACUGCCUACAGAAGAGCCCUUAUGACCCUGUGGGCCUCGCUGUGCCUUAGUAGGUCUGUUCAUCCUGCACUGAGCUCAGGACUCUCCCUCCUUCCCUCAGGACUUGGGGGCCUGUCCAUAGCUCAUGUGGGGUGGAGGAGAAUACUGGAAGGCUGGGAAGGUGGAGGCUGUGCUGCAGGAGGACAGGCUGUGUCCAUGAAGGGCUGGAAUGAAGCCCUGUGCUGGGAGCUCAGCUGGCUGGGCCUAGUUGCCUGUUGAAGGCACCCUAUUUUGCUCUGGGAGCCCCACCCCAUGAAUAAAUAA